CUUUUGUUGUCUUGAAAGAAAAAUGGCCGCCCAUCGUAACGUCAAAACUUGUAAGGUGACUGCUUUCGGAGAAAACGCUAGAUAAUUCAUCGAAAACGAAAUAAAUAGUGUACCAGUGGUGUCUGAGAAGUGAUACAUAGCUUGUGUUUGUGGUGUGUAUAGUGAAUCGUCUACAUCUCUUCAAUGGUGGAAACUGUAAGCUUAGGUGUUUCUUCGGAAGUAUAUAAAUGCACAAUGUGAUUCGGGGGGCAUGUGGGCAGUGGCGGGGUUGGUGUGCGGCGCACUGGCGGCGCUGCUCGUGCUGCUGGCGCUGGCGCGCUGCCGCCGCCGCAAGCGCGCCCGCGACCCAUCGCACCAGGUGCACAUAGUACGGUUCGCACACGCGCCCGCGCCGCGGCGCGUGGCGGUCGUGCCGCGCCCGCCGCCGCCCCCGCCCCCCCUCCGCGCCGCCCUCACCCGAGCCCCCGCAGACCCCGACCCACAGGAGCUACCCCAAAUCCUUAUAGUCCAAAACACUCUUCCACCCUCAGACGGUGAUUCCAACCCUGAACCUACUCCGAACCCAGGUCCUUCAGAGUUCCGUGGAAUACCGAAGCUGCCGUUCCCGGAGUGGCUGCCUCGAAGGCCUUUAGACUGCAAAUACUCUGCGACUAUACCGCGGCCUCUAGCGCAAAUAGUUGACACCGAAUUAGGAACAGAAUUGAAUAGGGAAACGCGCGCAAAGAAAUUCAGCGCGACGCGAUCUCCCUCGCUGGAGAAAGACGAGAAAAGCCCGUUCUUGGGCAGCGCCAAAUCGGUGGACAGAAGUGAAGUGUUUGGGUUCGACGAGGAAGUAGUCAAAAAGCUGGAGGGCGAUAAAGAAAUGACGUCGGCGAGCGAGACGGAGCGAGGGCAGGAGUCGCCGAGCAACUUGAGAAGGUUUAGAUCCGUUAGCACGAGAUUAAAUAUGUGUAGUGUGUCUGAAAGUCCUAAUCUGGAAGGGCACCAAGAGAGGCUAGAGAUGCAAAAUUCUCCGCGAAUAGUCGAAUGCGGUUCUGCUAAAGAGAAAUCUUCAGCGCCGAAAUUCGACUUCUCGCCAAAAAUACUGGCCGAUUGCAUGAGUAGCCCUAGAUUUUUCACUCCGCCCGAAAUGGUCUCGCCGGCGUUUUUCUCUGAACCGUCGCCAAAGUCUGUUUAUUACGACACUGUCAGAUCGCCGAAAUUCUUCCCAGAAACGCCUAAGGAAUGUUCAGAAGUCCCUCAAUCGCCUCGGACGUUGGGAGACCACUUGAAUCGAAAUGGACUAUCGGAUAAACCCAGUUCCCCAAGGAUAUUAGGCGCAAAAGCCAGCCCGAAAGUUCAUAGUUGUAACAAAGAAAAUUAUUUCACUUUCGACCAAGUUAAUCUUGAAGAAAACGCGUGCAGAGUUUCGCCACGACCGAAGAAAUAUGGCGGUAGGAAUUCCAUUGAAAGAGAAAGAUUCACCCCGCCGGCCGAUAAGGAAGCUAAGAAAUAUAGACGGCACAAUAGUUGCGAUACGAAUUACAAAAAUAUCGAGUUGAACAUUACGAAAUGCGAUGAUAAUAAAGAUAGCGAUACUAAAGCUGAAGUAAUCGAGACUGACGUAGUUGAUUGUUGCGCGAAACUCGAGAGUUUACAUGUAGAUGUUAGUGAAGAGAAAGGAGAUAUGACUCCAAGUCAUCCAAGCUCAGCUCACGCUAGAAGGCAGCGAUUGAAAUCGAUAUCAUUAGACUCGGAUAAUGCGAAGAUUAUCGAACAAAAUCUGGGUCUACCUAUAGCGAAACAAAUAAAAGAUCAGAUGAACGAAGCAUACAAAAACCAGGAUGUUAGCACGUCGUGCGAUAGUUUAGAACGGCAUCCUAAAACACCUGUAUCUGAUCGUCCAGCAUUCGAAUUCGAAGACGAACAGAAAGAUAAAGAAGAUGAGCCGAAAACGCCAGAUGUGUUGCAAAAGAAAUGUCUAAGGCAAAGUUCGGACACACAAUCAUUCUUAGACAUGCCUAGAUUUUCCCCGAAAGAGUUUGAAAUCACUGUGACCACAGAAGAGGGCGCCACAACGGCUGCCGAAAUGCAAACGAAACGAAAAGGGAAGAACCUUAGAAACUUAACGAUAGAUUUGACGAAGCGCGACAGCGACCUUGAAAAAGAACUGUUGGAAUUUGAGAAAUUGUACACUGAUGCUGAGGAGAAAAAGGUCAAAACUCCCACUUUGAAAGUCAAAGCUACGUCUUUAGAUUCAUCAGAAACUGUCAAUCUGUCGUUGCCGCAGAAGAAGACUCUGGAAGUGCCGCAGAAUUCCGUAUCAGUACCCAACACGCCUAAACGUCAGCUGAAGAGAAUUUUGGCACAAAAGACUAUGAAGCACGAUUUUAGCGGUGGUAAGAUCGGGUACAACUCCAUAUUAUCGAAUGCGGAACAGCGUAGAUUGUACAUGAAAGGGCAAGACAGCGGUAUAUUCCUUCGGGAAAACCACGCGAGCUUGAUGCUGUACCAACCUGGGACUUCCCGAAUGGGCUCCAGAACUAUGGGGUCUUUCGACGAAAACAUGACAGAUUUUACUGAACGACCCGAAAUUAACAUAUCUGGUGCGGAUAAUAGAUACGAAACCGGACAAACUUUAGGCUCAAACUUGUUGAACUACAAACAGAGUCUGAGUGUGUCGAGUACUAAUCUAAAAACAUUACCUGAAGGCGUACCAUCAGACGAUUUUGAGCCAAGCGCGGAAGAUGAGAAGUUGAGCAAAAAAUUGCACAGAAGAAAUUCUAAUCAAAGUCUAAUGCUUAGUACGCAUAGUCUGCAAAGUUCGAACUGUUCUUUGAGCAGCGCAGGCGCGUCCUGCCACAACUUAUCCACGGUACGCACAAGCAUAUCCAACUUCAGCCUAAAUUCUGACAACAGACAAAAGAAGUUGUCUUUAGAAAGACGAGAUUCACAUACCUCACUGAUCAACACCGACCACUUGACGCCGACAACUCGUGUUAUUUGCACUUCAAACGCGAGCCUAGGCGAGGUUUCGAAGAACUGUUUGCUCCAAAGACGCGGUUCUAACAAUAGUUUGACUUUAAACAUUCAUUCGUCUAAUUUAAGCCGACAUUCGAGUAACAGUUCAUUGAAUAAAGACGCGAAACCUUUGAAAAAAGGGUUGCUUGAAAGACGAAGUUCUAAUACUUCUCUAACUUUAAACAUUAACAAUUCAAAUCCACAAUUGUCUGUCAAUAGAGGAUUGAGCAUAUCCAAUUACAACUUAAACGGUUCCACGUGUAAUUUAAGUCGAUACAACAGCAAUCACAGCAUCGAUAACCCUCCAGGGGAACAAAAGAAAGGUAUUUUGGAGAGGCGUAGCUCAAAUACUUCCUUAACUUUAAACAUACAACCGCGAGAAGAGCCUAGGGAUUUAGAAAUCGAUGAGAGUGUGCUCAAAUCGAAUUUGACAGACCUCCCUCACAGGGACAAGCAUAGGAAAUCAUUGAGUACAGAGAACUUGAUACCGAAAUCGUACAAAAACAGACUUAGAAUGUCAUCGGAAAAAGUUGGUUUCGGUUCGCACGACAACCUCUGGUCGUCUUCGUUCCCAACAGAGCAGGAAUAUCCUCAAAAUUUGACGUAUGUUUGCGGAGAUCAGGAAAACGAAAUCAUAUACGCUUUCGGGCGUCAAGAUGAGGGUAGUUAUCAACAGGGUUUCGUACGAAACAUAACAACAAAGCCGUUAAGCCCACAGAGCACAUCGGAAGACUUUAGACUCUACUUAGCCAACAUGCAACACUUGCAAAACGCGUCAAGCGUGUUAUCUCGUCAACAAUUGCGCGAUUUGAACAACGUUUUCCAAAAUGGUUACUCCAAAGUCAAAUGUCACAGUUCUAAUGAAGGACAACAUUGCUGCUCAGGUCGUGUUGAAGAUCUGUCUUCGGAUAAUCCACAAAUUGUAAUACCGGAUCCGGUGUUAAGCCAACCAUGUUCGGAAUACCAGAAAAUGUUGCUGCGCAACUUGCAUCAAGAGUUUUGGGAUAUGCCGACGAAUUUCCAGGAGAAACCUAUAGUGUCCGGGUCGCAUCCCAAAAACAGAUAUAAGGCUAUAUUGCCAAAUGAACACUCGAGGUUUAUCCUCAGUGACGGCGCCGGUGAGGGAUACAUCAAUGCCAAUUUUAUUAAGGGGCAUGAGUACUCGAAGAACAGCUACAUUGCGACUCAGGGACCACUACAGAACACCAUAUACGAUUUCUGGUUGAUGGUGUACCAGAAUUCGACAUCGUGUCCGGUAGAGGGCGCUGCCCCCGCUCCCGUGCAAAAAGUCGUCAUGUUAACCAAUUUCAUAGAGAAUAACCGGCAAAAAUGCGAAAAAUACUUCCCAAUGGAGCUAAAUGAGGGAAUCGAAUUCGCAAAUCCUGACGAGAUUGAUGUCACCGAAGAAGACAGAAGCAAAUUCUUUAUAACCAACACUGGUAUGAUCAAAAAGCCCGGAUAUACAAUAAGAAAAUUGGAUGUGAAAUAUCAAAAAUUAAAAUCAAUAACUGUGUACCACUAUUGGUUCCACAAUUGGGCCGAUCACAAAUGCCCCAAAGACGUUAACGCGCUGCUAAAUUUAAGCUUGGACGUUUUAAAAGAUACAAAAUUCAACUUUGGUGAGUCGAGUGAAGUGUGUGACGAACAGUGCAAAUGUGAUAGUCCGAAACAGGACUCUAAAUUUGUGUUUCCACCGCUCGAAACUCAAGUUUUACCUUGUGAAGUGAACGUUAAUGUGUCUACACCAUUGGACUUUUCCGUAGAACAGUUGUCUCCGGCUACGAUCAUACAUUGUUCAGCUGGUAUCGGUCGCACGGGCUGUUUGAUAGCAAUUCUGAACGGUAUAAAGCAACUUACGAACGAACACAAAGUGGAUGUGUUAGGGAUAGUGUGUAAUAUGCGUUUGAAUCGCGGAGGAAUGGUUCAGAAUUCGGAACAGUACGAACUGAUUCAUAAAGUUUUGUGUGUGUUUGAACAAGCGUGUCUCCCAAAGUUAUAGUAGGAUGUAGUCGGCUCUUAGUCUAAUUUUAGUAUAAGAUGUAAUAUAUCAGAUUGCAAUUUUACAGAUAACUAGGACAAUUUUUUAUAUAAAGUGUUACACCUUUAUUAAUAAAAAUAAUAUUCACUGAUUAGGCUAAGAAUAGUUAUUCUUUUUUUUGUCUCGUUCUUUCAAUGUCGAAUUGUAGCGAUGGUGGUCCAGGGGUUAAGACAGUCUGCCUGUUGCCACAAGAGUUUGUAUACCAAUCAAACUCAUUUACAGUAGUUUGCAUUUUCCUAGACCACCACUUGCUGCCGGUGAAGGAAAACAUCGUGAGGAAACCUGCACACUGGUUGACAGUUUAAGUUCACUAGUGUGUAUGCGAUUAGUUAUCAUUUAUCGCGGUGUGUAGUCGUUAAAUAUUUGCAAUUAGCACACUCAUUAAGAAAAAAAUUUGAAUACUGAAUUGACAGAGAUGGGACAGCAAAGAAUGACUAUUUCAAGGCUCAUCUGAGUACUGGAAGUAUUAUAUACUCUGUGCACAAUGUGUGUAAUGUGCAAGUAUAUCAUUUUUAUUAAUAAGGUGCUAUUGUUUUACUGACAUUUUUCGUCUUAUCCCACAAAAUGAAUAUACUUAAAGUUUUAUUUAAAAAAUGUAAAUUAUAAUUUUUAAUCAAUCAUGUGAUGAGAAAAGAACGUACACUCCGUUUUUUCUUACGAGUCCUAUUAUGUAAACAAACUGUUUAAAAUAAAUCUAAUAUCAGUAAUACAUUCUAAAGUAAAAUAUUUAUUAACCACGAAAGUAAUUUCCAAAAAAGUUUUUUUUUUAUUUAUAUUCCUGUGAAUAUCAUAAAAAGACAUGGUGAGAUUGCUUACAUAAUUAGACUUUUAAGAUAAAACGUAGUUUGCUCAUGAAUUUUAUUGAGAAAUCUCAGAAAACUGUGAAUUUUAUUGUAUAAUGGCACAAAUAAGGUCAUAUCUGUUUUUUUUUAUAUAUAUUUAAGCUUUGUGUGUAUUUCAGUUUUAAACAUUUCUGUUGUCGACUAAAGCCUAGGUUAGCACAAGCUUUUGCGAGAACCUAAUCGUAUUGAAAACUUAAAAAUGCAUAUGGAAAAUUAUUAGUUCCAUUUGUGUACGACAGGGGCGCUGUUCGUUUUCCAUAUACAUUUUUCGAUACGAUUAAGUACUCGCAAAAACUCGUGCAAAAACCACAAAUGUUAGCACAAAUCUUGUUAUAAACAGUGAGCCAUCAUUUAAAACAGAAACCCUAAAACAUUUCAUACUUUAAUAUUUUUACUUCAAUAUAUGAGAAAAAGUAUGAAAAAAACCUUGGGUUCCGUUCCGACGCGCAAUGGCGGUGGAAACAACCGGGAAAAUGCUUAGAUGAGAGAGAGAUAUUUAUUUCAAAUAUGGGCGCCACUGUGGCCUCGACAUAUUUCCGAAAAUACUUAUUUUACUGAUGUGUAUUUAAAACCAAUACAUACAACACAAAAUAAUUACAUUCUAACAUUUUACCCAUUUCUAAUCGGUGAUGUUCAAUGCUGGGUUCUAUCGUAAGUUAAUGCAUAGCUCACAAAUAAACUAAGCAAUAUCAACAAUGUUAAGCGGUGUUUUAAGUUGCCGUGCUUUCUCUAUUACAUCAGCUGUGCAACAGAGUGAGCACGAGUUGAUAUCUCUGUUUAAAAUCAUUAAUGUUUUGGCGUUAAAGACUUAAGAGCGAUUUAUUUAAAUACAAAGGUUUCUAUAUAAGAUAUGAUUUUCGUGUAUAUUUUUAUUAGAACAAUUAAUUUAUUGUGUACAAAAAAAUCCCUGUAGUUUAUAGGCAAAUGUGUACAUUUCAAUUGGAUUAUGACAAUUUCAAUUGCAUUAUUUGGUUGAGCGUCAAUUUAAUUUAUGGUUUGUUUUGUCUUAUCAGUUUAUCAAUAUACAAAUUUAUAUUUUA